AUGGCUACAAAACAACAAGUAGAGAAUUUCACCGAGGAGGUAAUUUGUUCCAUCUGCCUGGAUUUCUUCACCGAUCCGGUGUCGCUGGAGUGCGGACACAAUUUCUGCCGCUCCUGUAUCACACAGAGUUGGGAAAAGGAGCAGAGUAAAUCCUGUCCGGAAUGCAGAGAGGAGUUUCAGGAAAUAAUCCUCAGAGUGAAUCGGGCCUUAGUGAGCCUGGCAGAGAAAGCUCGAAAACUGAACCUCAAUCCGACAUAUAAGGGAAGGAAACUUCACUGCGAGGAACAUCAGGAAGAACUGAAGCUGUUUUGUGAAACUGACAAGAAACUGAUCUGCCUGAUUUGCAGAGAUGCGCGGGAACACAAGUCUCAUAACUUUAUGCCGAUUAAAGAAGCUGUUGAAAUCUACAAGCGCUCGCCCAGAGGAAAUCAGCGAUUCUCAAACUGGAACAGCAACAGGGAGCAGAAGAUUUCUGAGAUUCGGGAAGAAUGCUGUCAGAAGAGGAGGGUUGGAGAUGACCAGACACUUACAGUUCAGGAUGAGGAUCUAACGAUGGAAGAAUGUGCUGGGCCUUUACCUUUCCCAGUGUGGCAGGAAAUGUUCGAUGACAUUCAUCCUGUCUCUGUGACCCUGGAUGUGGAAACGGCGAAUCAGCGGCUUGAGGUGUCUGAGGAUCGGAAGAGUGUCAGACGGAUCCGGACCCGGAGGGACCUCCCCGACACCGGGAAGAGGUUCACAGUUGGGGUUAGUGUGCUGGGAUCGGAGGGAUUCACAUCGGGGAGACAUUACUGGGAAGUGGAGGUGGCGGGGAAUCGUCGCUGGAGUCUGGGAGUUGCUGUGGAGUCUGUGGAGAGGAAGAACAUUCGGCUCGUGAGUACUGCAGUGUCUUUAGUGGACAAUCGCGGUAAUGCAGGAGUUCAGCAGCUCCCCCAAUGUGAAACGAUUUUGGACCAGGAAGUAUUGAGAACUAAAAUGGCUUCGAAGUACCAGGCUGAGAGUUGGACUGAGGAAGCAAUUUGUCCCAUCUGCAUGGAUUUCUUUACCGAUCCGGUGUUACUGGAGUGCGGACACAACUUCUGCCGCUCCUGUAUCACACAGUGUUGGGAACGAACGAAUGGAAAUUCCUGCCCGGAAUGUAGAGAGGAGUUUAAGGAAGUACUCCUCAGAGUGAAUCGGGCCUUAGCGAGACUGGCAGAGAAAGCUCGAAAACUGAAACUGAAUCCGAUAGAGAAGGAAAGUAAACUUCACUGCGAGCAACAUCAGGAAGAACUGAAGCUGUUUUGUGAAACUGACAAGAAGCUGAUCUGCCUUAUUUGCAGAGAUUCGCGGGAACACAAGUAUCAUAACUUUAUGCCGAUUAAAGAAGCUGUUGAAAUCUACAAGAAUCAGGUUAGAUCCUCCCUCACAUCGCUCACUGAGAGGAAAUUGGCAAUUCUCAAAAUGGAGCAGCACCAGAAACAGAAGAUUUCUGAAAUUCAGGAUCAGUCACGCAGUCUGGAGUCCCACAUCUCAGCGGAGUUCACUAAAAUACACGAGAGUCUCACGGAGAAAGAGCAGCGUUUAAUCGGAGAUCUCAGAAAAAGAGAGGAAAGAAUUGUAGAUCUAAUGGAGAGAAAUCUUCAGGAGAUUCAAAAGAAUUUAACUUCCAUUGAGGAGGAACUCUCAACAUUGCAGAAACAGAUGGAGCAGAGAGAUGGAGUGAUAUUUCUGAAGGAAGAACCAUGUCGGAAGAGGAGGAUUGCAGGUGACCAGACUCUUACAAUAACAGAUGUGGCUCUGACGAUGGAAGAAUUCAAUGGGCCAUUACCUUUCCCAGUCUGGAGGGAAAUGUUUGAUGAUAUUCAUCCUGUCUCUGUGAUCCUGGAUGUGGAAACGGUGAGUCCGGGGCUCAAGGUGUCUGAGGAUCUGAAGAGUGUGAGAUGGACCCAGAAACUGAGGAGGCUGCCUGACACCGGGAAGAGGUUCACAGUCCGGGCUUGUGUGCUGGGAUUGGAGGGAUUCACAUCGGGGAGACAUUACUGGGAGGUGGAGGUGGCGGGGAAUCAGGGCUGGAGUUUGGGAGUUGCCGCAGAGUCUGUGGAGAGGAAGAGAUGGGUCGCAUUGAUACCAGAAAAUGGAUUCUGGACCAUCGGGCGGUGGAGUGACGGGUUUUAUGUGAACACCUCCCCUCAAUCCCCUCUCCCUGCUGGUCCCAUCACCAGGAGGGUGGGAGUUUAUCUCAGUUACGAGUCCGGGACAGUUUCAUUUUACAGCGCGGACACCAAGUCCCAUCUCCACACCUUCACUGGGAAUAAAUUCACUGGGAAAAUCUAUCCUUUCUUCGGGAAUUGGGAUGAAAAUAAGUGGCUGAGAAUCUGCUCCGGUUCCGCUCCGGAUCUGAACAUGGCGUCAAAACACCAGGUCGAGAGUUGGAUGGAGGAGGCUAUUUGUGCCAUCUGCCUGGAUUUCUUCACCGAUCCGGUGUCACUGGAGUGUGGACACAACUUCUGCCGCUCCUGUAUCACACGGUGUUGGGAACGAACGAUGAGAAAUUCCUGCCCGGAAUGUAGGGAGGAGUUUAAGGAAAUAAUCCUUAAAGUGAAUCGGCCCUUGAUGAGACUGGCAGAGAAAGCUCGAAAACUGAACCUGAACCCAGCGGAGAAAGAAAGUAAACACUGCGAGGAACAUCAGGAAGAACUGAAGCUGUUUUGUGAAACUGACAAGAAACUGAUCUGCCUGAUUUGCAGAGAUGCGCGGGAACACAAGUCUCAUAACUUUAUGCCGAUUAAAGAAGCUGUUGAAAUCUACAAGGAUCAGAUGAAAUCUUUCUUCACAUCAUUCACUGAGAAGAAAUUGUCAAUUGUUGAAAUGGAGCAGCAACAGAAACAGAAGAUUUCUGAAAUUCGGGAUCAGUCACGCAGUCUGGAGUCCCACAUCUCAUCCGAGUUCACUAAGAUACAUCAGAGUCUCACUGAGAAAGAGCAGCGUCUAAUCAGAGAUCUUAGAAAACACGAACAAAGAGUUGUGGAUCUAAUGAAGAGAAAUCUUCGGGAGAUUCAAAAGAAUUUAACUUCCAUUGAGGAGGAAAUCUCAACAUUGCAGAAACAGAUGGAGCAGAAAGAUGGAGUGAUAUUUCUGAAGACUGCUGGCAGAAGAAGAGGUAGGACCAUUGUCUUCACUGAAACCCUGUGUAACGUUGGAAUAUCAGCUCAGGAAAUAGUUCAUGUUCAAAUACCUUCAAUUAAAAUGUUUGGUAUUUGCAGGAUUGGAGAUGACCAGACACUUACAGUCAUGGAUGGGGCUCUAACAAUGGAAGAAUUCAUGGGGCCUUUACCUUUAUCAGUCUGGCGGGAAAUGUUGAAUGACAUUCAGCCUGUCUCUGUGACUCUGGAUGUGGAAACAGCGGCUCCGUGGCUUGAGGUGUCUGAUCAUCUGAAGAGUGUGAGACGGACCGGGACAUUGAAGACACUCCCUGACACGGGGAAGAGGUUUACAGUACAGGCUUGUGUGCUGGGAUCGGAGGGAUUCACAUCGGGGGGCCAUUACUGGGAGGUGGAGGUGGCGGGGAACAUUGGCUGGUGUCUGGGAGUCGCCGCAGAGUCUGUGGAGAGGGCUGAGCUGGUCUCACUGACACCUGAGACUGGCGUCUGGAGCAUUGAGCGAUGGGAUGACCAGUUUAAUGUAAAGACCUCCCCUCCACCCCAUCUCCCUGCAGAUCCCAUCCCCGAGAAGGUGGGAAUUUAUCUCAGUUACGAGUCCGGGACAGUUUCAUUUUACAGCGGGAACACCAAGUCCCAUCUCCACACCUUCACUGGGAAUAAAUUCACAGAGAAACUUUAUCCUUUCUUCUGGAUUGGGGAUGAAAACAAGUGGCUGAGAAUCUGCUCCGGUUCCGCUCCGGGUUGCUAAAAGGGUUGGGUCCCAGGACCGGCGUCAGAGGCGGGGCUCAGGCUGUGGGCCAGAAUCCCCCGUUGACAACAGGUUGAAGGGGGCCAAUUUCAUCCCCAAAUUCCACAUUGUAAAACCCAAAUAAGCCUGGAAAUAAAACUGGUGAAAAUAUUAAUGUCGGAAGAAUGAAACAAAAAAUGUAAUUGACAUUAGAACUGUCGAUCAAUUAAUUUUAAUGCGUUAACAUUUGCACCUGCCAACGCAACAGAAAUCCCAUUCUAUUGAAAUAAUCGCUCUUCAUUGGAUUCAGCAGCAGCCGCUGGCACUGAGUCCUGAGCUCCCCGGGUCCUCAAUUCCAUCCAAUCCCUUCGAUGGCCACAAUCCAAGACAAACUAUUUUAAAUUCUCUCACUUGCUCCAACCGGGUCAUGCAGCGUGUAAAAUAAAAUCUGUAGCUAUUGAAAACCUGAAAAAAAAUGACAGUUAUGGAAAAUGCUCAGCAGGGAAGACAAGCAGGGAAGAAUCAAGAUCAAUUCUUGACCUCACACUCUACCUCAUCAUGCCUUUGCACCUUAUUGCCUGCCUGCACUGCGCUUUCUCUGUAAUGUAACACUUUAUUCUGCAUUGUUAUAGCUUUUCCCUCGUACUACCCCAGUAUACUGAUGUGAUGAAAUGAUCUGUAUAGAUGGCAUAUAAGACAAAGUCUUUCACUGUACCUAGGUACUUGUGACAAUAAUAAACCAUUUUACCGAA